GAGCGGUUAGAGCGGUUCUUUUCACAAAAGGUCCCAAAUGCCAAAGAGCACUCAAAAACAAGCGAUUUUUCUCAAAGGGAAGGAAAGAACAGAACGCUAUCUUAACUGAUUACUCGGGUGCAGCUAACCUUCUCUCAGGAACAGCCCCGGUUUUAGGGGGAGGGCGAGAGAGAGGCCUGACUGACCCACAGCGAGACCUUCCCACCUGUGAGAAGGACAGGAGCCAAAGAAGACGCUUUAGUUUAGACAACGGCACUCUCUUGUCCAAUUUAAACUAGACACAAACGAACCGUUCUCCUCCAUAAUUCAUUAUUUAUCAGCAAGAGCAUUCUGGAGAAUCAUACAACAUUGGAGCUACGCUGAAGAUCAAAGCUCCGACACGACAAACCUUGAGAAAUAGAGUUUCUUUUUGGAAGAAGGUGGGGAAUAUCCACAAGGAGAGCCACAGCUGCUGGAAUAUGAAGUCUCUUCCAAAGAACCAGGGGCGAACUGAUGAGAUUUUGGGUGCUAUGGCGGAUAUGCUGACAUCUCUGGCGAUACCCAAUCAGAAGUGGAAUUCAGACAGUAUUGAGCACCUGAGUGUGAAACAGGAGCGGAAGACAAGCCAGCGGCCUCCAUGGGACACAGAGGGACUGAACUGGGAGGACAUGUCCCGAGACAGCCUGGAAAGAGUACGAAGACGAGACAGAGCAAACUCAUACUCAGCCGCUGGCAGUGAGGGCAGUAUCUCCACCUCGGUGGCCUCUCUGCCGCCCCAGGCUUCGGGCAGUUCGGCCCCAAACUCCCCAGGCUCCCGUCGCUCUGUCAGCACCCUGAAGAAGUGGCUGACAAAUCCGGUGCGUAAGCUUAGCGCUGGGGCAGCAGGAAGUGCCAAAGGGGAGCGGCAGGUCCGCAGAUUGGAGGGCAAACCCCCGCCUCCACCCACCAGGAGCAGCCAAGAAUUGGGCAGCCCACAGUCAACAGAGGAGCAGUUCACCAUCCUACCAGGCAUAGACAAAGAGCUGGAGUGGAAAGAUGGACUGCCUGCUCUUGGCGACUGUGAUCCAGGUCUCCUGCAGUCCUACAGCUUCCAAUCGGACUCUCCACAGGGAUCCACAACACUAGGACAAACACAGAUCAGCCAAUGUACCAGCCAACAAGCUGACGACAACGGCUCGGUUUUGAUGGAUGACAACUCCAGCCAAUCAUCAGCCUGCGCAGACACCGAAGAAGAUCGGAAGAGUGCCUUAGAAAAAAGCAUGUAUGUUCUGAACGAAUUAAUAGAGACAGAAAAGCUGUAUGUCGCCGAUCUAGGACUUAUUGUGGAGGGCUACAUGGCUACUAUGAAUGUGAAAGGAAUUCCAGAAGACAUGAAGGGAAAAGACAAAAUAGUGUUCGGGAAUAUUCAUCAGAUCUACGACUGGCAUAAAGAUUAUUUCCUGGCCGAGCUGGAGAAAUGUGUGGCCGAGCCUAAACGACUGGCGCAACUUUUUAUCAAACAUGAAAGACGGCUUCACAUGUAUGUGGUGUAUUGCCAGAACAAACCUAAAUCUGAGCACAUCGUGUCAGAAUACAUCGAGACCUACUUUGAGGAGCUGAAACAGCAGCUGGGUCACAGACUGCAGCUCAAUGACCUGCUCAUCAAACCAGUGCAGAGGAUCAUGAAGUACCAGCUGCUGCUGAAGGACUUCCACAAGUACUACACAAAGGCUGGGAUGGACACUGAAGAGCUGGAGAAAGCAGUGGAGGUGAUGUGUUUUGUUCCGAAGCGCUGCAAUGACAUGAUGAACGUGGGUCGGCUGCAGGGCUUUGAGGGGAAGAUCACGGCACAAGGAAAACUUCUCCAGCAAGACACAUUCACAAUCACCGAGCAGGACAGCAGCAUCCUGUCCCGCGCUAAAGAGAGACGGGUCUUCCUGUUUGAACAACUUGUCAUCUUUAGCGAGCCAAUCGACAGGAAGAAAGGAUUUUCUCUACCUGGUUACAUUUUUAAGAACAGUAUUAAGAUAAGUUGUUUGGGUGUGGAGGCUUGUGUAGAUGGUGACCCAAAUCGCUUUGCCCUGACGUCCCGGGGGGCCGAUGGUAGCACAGUGCGAUAUGUUUUGUACUCCUCAUCGCCGAAUAUCUGCAUGGCUUGGGUCAGUGACGUGAGCCAAAUACUGGAGACCCAACGCAAUUUCCUUAAUGCCCUGCAGUCGCCUAUAGAGUACCAGAGAAGGGAGAGCAAGAGCAACAGUUUGGGCCGCAGCAUAAAGCCUCCUCUGUCAGCAGUGGCUGGUCUGAGGCCUCACUCCUCAGCGUCCAUCGACCGACAUAAACUGCCCUGUCUGCGCUCCUGUAACACAUCAUUGCCCUCUCUAUAUCUGCCCAGCCAGGUCCCCACUGACGACCACUCACAGCCAGAGUCAACACCAGUAGACUCCAGACUGAAUUCCCAGACAGUGUCUCCAACUCAUGUGCAGCUGGCCUUCUCUGAAGAGCCAUCUUUCUCCCAGGCACCACUAAACUGCCAAGCGGUCUCCAACGGGCUGUAUUCCUCCAGCACACAAGGCUCACAGAUCUCAGGCGAGGGUGGACGCAGAGUUUCCCAGAGAGAGUGCCGCAUGUCUGUUCCCAGUCCCUCCUCCACUCUCCAGCGCUCCAGUAAUUUGGCCCAGCUCGACGAGGACGACCUGUGAACAGAGAUCACCCAGAGUCUGAUGUUUGCACCACAGCAUGCCACAGUCUGAACUUUACUCACGUCUGUUAUCUUGUGGUAUUCUUCCUAAACCUGUGACGCAAAUUACCUAGUGACUUUUUAAAUUGUUUUACAUAAUUUCUUUUUUUUUUAUUAUUAUUAAGUUGUGUUUCGUUCAAAGGAGAAUCAACCAUUCCUAUAUUGGGAGGUCACUGGAGCAGGAACCAGAGUAAACCUUUAUGUGAGGGUGCGAGGAUGUGUUUGAACAAGCGUGCAUGUAUGUAUGUAUGUAUGUGUGUUUGAGUGUGUGUGUGUUUGUGUGCGCUUCAUCCUUGCAAACAUGCUGAACAAUAUCCAUCAGAUGUGUUUUGCUGAGAACAUACUGUAUUAUUUUAAAUAUAAGAGGGUCUUUUGGGGGCCCACGCUGGAUUUUAAAGGUUUCGCACUAUUGGUGCCUCUUUACAGAUGCUGUCUUUCUAUCUCCCGUCUAUAUUGAAUGCUCUUGCGUGAAGUCACUCUUAUGAAGGAGCUAAGGGGAAACUGACUGUAAAUGCAGAUAAUUUGUAUAUACCCUAUGUAGAGGAACCAUCUGCGCAUGGAGACAUGGAUACUUGACUUUCUCUUCGCUGUUUGGGUGUUCGGAUUGUCUACGGUUGAUUAAUUCUGAUUUAUUGGACUUUAAAUGACGGAGCUUCUUGUUCACACUUCACAAACACAUGUGAACAUGAGAGAUCGCACACAACGAGCAUCGGCUCCAUCAAGGGAAGGACUGAAAGAUGGACAGUAGAUAAAAGUAGUUUAUCUGUGGUUUAAUGACCCUUUUUAGCUUCUGCCGUCCCUUCCUUGUGCAAUGCAAUUACAGUUACUCUGCAGGUCGAGGCAUAUGAAAUGAGGUUUCUAAAUUGUUAGAUGAUAGUCGUUUAUUAGUAAUUGAAGGGUUAGUUUGUUCCUGAAGGAAUUCUGUCAUCAUCUGCUAAACAUUAAGAAAUGUGUUUUUUGCUUCAGAAUGCAAGUUUUUGGUCAGAUUUUAUUUUAAAAGGUUCUUGCUAUUAACAAACCUUUAACUAAGACUUUUAGAUAAAUAAAGUAUUAAUUUGCUGGUUGUAUUGUAAGGUAGUAGUUAGAAUUGGGUUUUGGGUACAGGAUAAUGCUGAGUUCAGACUGAAUGAUUUUCAAAGUAGUCGUGUUAUGGAUGUUUUCACACUGCAUGACUAUCUGGGCUAGCGUUUCAUCGGCGACAGGGGGUUUCACAAUGCAUGACUUAAAAAUAGGAAGAAUCGCCGAAAACCUUGACCAAACUGGGCUACGUCUCACAACCAAACACAUGCGAGACUGACAUGGAAACAACACAAGGUCUUGUAAUAAAUCUUUUGUUAUUGUGAGAAAGAAGACUUUAGUCGGGUAGAAAAUGUACUUAUUUUCCACACCUUAGUUUGAAGGAAAGUAGCAAUUUCUCUUCAACUUUUCUUCUUUUUUGGUUGUGGUAUUGUUCAGAUGACGCGCGGCAUCAAACAGACAUGGAUGCUCUUGCCAAAUUUUCUGUAGUUUUUCCUCAAUUUCUUGGGUCCAAAUAAACUGAAAAUCCCAACAUCCCGAUGUUGUCCAGAUAAUUAGCAUGGCAAAUACCUCACGGGUGUCGACUCAUACUGCGUGAUUUUAGCCCUGAUUUUUUACUCACCGACAGGUUUUGAUAAUUGCCUGAAAUCACAGGUAAAUCAGUGCUUGUUCACGCAAUUAACAGUUACACCGUAUGAACUAUCAAGGGUGCGAUAUGAGAGAAUCGUCAAUGAGUUGCAGCCUCCCGUGAGAUGUUUGGCAUGCUAAAUAUCUGGAGCUGUCGGCGACGCAAAUCAUGUCACGUGAAAUGUGUGUUCUGAUUGAAAGCCAAUGAGAGAGCAGCACUCACUAGUACCUGCAGGCCAGCGGGGAGAAGUUAAAUUGCCAAUUCUCUUCAAAAACCAGGUGAGCAACACAAGUACAUUUUCUAAAGCUAAAGCCUUCUUUUUCCAUUAUGUAGCUAAUUACAGAAGAUAUAUUACAUGACCUCGUGUUGUUUCCAUGUCACUUCUCACAUGUGUUUGGUUGUGAGACGUAGUUUGGACAAAGUUGUUGUCGGCGAUUUUUCCUAUUUUAAAGUCAUGCAGUGUGAAAUCUUCUGUCACCGAUCCAUCCUACAGUGUUAACACAGCACCGACAGAACGCUUACCCAGAUAGUCAAACAGUGUGAAAACAUCCGUGACAUGGCUACUUUGAAAAUCGCGCAGUCUAAACUUGGCAUUAGGGAUACGUUUAAGGUAUUAUUUAACAGAGAAUAUCUAAACCAGUACAUUGUUUAAAAAAAAUCUUGCUGCCUAAAAUGCUUCAUUUGAAUCACGUGAGCUUUUCUGGCCAUUUCAACUCAACAUUAGUCAAACUGACCAAAUUAUAUAAACUUUAACUUUAUAUAACUAAAACAAAAUAAAAAUUUGUUGAAGUAGCAUUAAAACAUUUGAUUUGUUGAGUUUUUAGCAUAUAUGUGUAGUUUUUUUUACAGUGUAUCUAAUGGUGGGAAUUGGUGCUUAUAAGUAUGAUCUUAUUCUAUAUCCCUAAUCCUGUCCAAUACCUAAUCCCAACUACAACAAUAGUGGGAAUUGGUACUUAAACUAAAGUAAACCAAUUUGUUUUUAUAAAAUCAGAAAGAUUUCUGUUCUUCCAUCAAAUAGUCUGUUUACCCAAAAUGCUUCAAAAUGAGGUUUUUUCAAGCAUUCUGAAGAGACAAGAUCACUUUAUAGAAUGAUCUUUUUUCACAUAUAAACACUGAUCAGUCAGCCUGAUCUCACAAGGAAAUGUAAGUAUUUUAUGUUUUGUCAGUUUAGUGGCUAAUUCAUAUGAGUUCAGUUGUACGAAAAUGUCUGAUUUUUAAAAGAAGGCGUGGCACAUAACCCCACCCCUAACCCCAACUGUCAAUGGGAUGAGCAAAUCGUACUAAAUUGUAAGAAUUAGAUUGUACAAAUUCAUAUGAAUUAGCCACUUAAUCAAAAAGUUACAAAUUGUUGUUAGAUUGCGUUGCAUUAGUGACAUUCUUCAAGAACAUACCUGAUUGGUUUUUGUAGAAGCUCAGAUGUGUUCUGUGACAUACAUGUAUUAACUUCAAUGUGCCAUGUGACAGUCAAGAUUGAAUCUCAUAGGUUCUCACACGUCAAGCAAGCACACUUUAGUUUCUGUAACCGAAUUUGCUCUCUUAUAUGUGAAUUAAAGGCCAAAUAGAGAACAAAGUAAGCAUAUCUGUUCAGAAAACUUGAAUUAAACCUAAUUAAUGUAAAUUUUGAAUGAACUUUUUUUGAGGCAUACAAACUAUCAGAAGAGUGGCAGAAAUCUCUCAAACUUAAUUAAAAAUGUUUCAGAUUAACAAAUUUCUUAUGGGGGUGGAACUGAAGAAAUGAUGACCAAUUUUUUUAUGGCAAACUAACCCUUUUAUUAUUAAUAUUUUGUUGUUAUUAUUAUAUAACUUAUUGAAGGCCAAAGGUAAAAUGAUAUAUUAUUAUGUGCCAAAAGCAGGUGCCAGUACCAUUUACAGUAAAUAUGUCAGCAUUAAACCUAAAUGUAAUUCAUUUCACUUAUAGAUCAUUUAAAAAAUGUUCUCUCUUUUUACCAUUUGUUUAAACCAAAUUUAUUGGAUAUUGUGUUUUUUGUUGCUUUAUUGUUCUUUUUAAAGUGAAUAUUUGUUUAUGAUGAACCAAAUCGUUAGUUAAAAACAAGACCGGCAUUGUUCAUUGAGUCUGAAACAUACAGUUUGUCGCAAAUUGACGCCUCACCAAAGAAGGGAUGGUAUGUGUUUGGUAUUCGAUGUUAAAGCAUGAUCAAAAAGCACUUUCACUCCAUUCAGCUCAUUGCACAUUGUUUCCAAUAGAGGGUGCCAGAGGACUGUAGCGCUGUACACACAACAAUCAGAUUCAGAUCGGUUUAAAACUACAAAUGAAAAUCUCUGCACCAAAGCGCAUACGCUUUACUGUCGGCAUGUUUCAUAUGCAUUUGCAUAAAUAUCCUUAAAAUGAUUGUAACAACCUUCUCUUGCCUUGACGUAAUACUGAAAUCAGCAGAAAUCCAAUAAUUUGACAUUAGCCCUGUAUAGACUGAAGCUUUCCUGUACUGCCUUUCCACAAACGUGGGUUUGAAUCUUACAUUGUUGCAUGCAAUUUUGAAGAACACCCCUAAAUGAUGAAAGGAAGUGAUGUCGAGAAAGAGUUGGAAAUGAUCUAUAUGUCUAUGUGACAAAACUAUCAUUGUAUUAUAUCAAAUUAAAAUGGUUCCUUUUGGAACACAAGGGUGUUUUGGAACACACAACUGUA